GCGGGUCGAGCUGGUCGAGAAAAGCUGACGUUCGUAAAAUCAAGUCGCUCGACACGCGCACCGCUCCAUUCUCACGCGUAUACAUUUACUUUACGACACGAGACACUGCAUUUUGACGUUCCUCCAUUUCAAAAUUUCAAUUAAUGGACAAAUAAUGGAUGAAAAUACAGAAAUAUUGAAGAUAUUGUAUAUCAAUGAUGAAAUAUUUCUCUUGAAUUGAGACAUUUAAAAAAAUUUGAAAGAGGAUUUUCAAAUGCUGACAGCUGGCUUAAAAGUAUCUAUAAUUUGAGCAAUUGAAGUUUAAAAUAUUACGGAAUUAACGGUGCAAAGUUUCUUGAAUUUUGAGAAGAAAUUGCAAUCUAUCGUCGAGUUACCCGAUAAUCCCUGAAGCUUAUUACGCAGAAAUUGAAGAUGAGAUGAGAUUACGCAGAAAUGAUCAGACAGGUUGAUGAAUGUGCGAUGACAACUACCAGAAGCUAAUCCACCUUCAAGCUCGUUUCUUACGAGUCUACGAAGUUUUUAGUGAAUAUAUUUUCUAAUAUCAAACUUCUGAAAAAUCUUAUAAUAAUCCAAGUGAUAAAAAUGAUCUCGCUUUAACUCAAAAAAAUAAAAAUUCGUAAAUCGCACCAGUCAUAUAUAACCAUUGAAUAAUAUUUCUCGCGAUUUGUGGGAAAUAUUAUCGUCAUUAGUGGAAAAGGUUGAUCGCAGAAGAGUCGACGAAACGAAGAUAAGGGACGCGGUGACCCAGGCUGUCAAGGCGCGUAUAAAAUCGACGAUAGCAAAGUCGACAGUCGGCAGUGUCGCGGCAGCCGCGCGCGAGAGAGGACGUCGUCGUUAGUGCUACGUCGACGCGUGGAAAAGUCAGCAUAGAAAAGUCAGCGUGGAAACGUUAAUGCUUCCCACCACGCUGUGUUUUCGCUUUGUCAAUCAUCUCGCAAGAAUUGUGUUCGUUUGUGUUCUUAUCGCAACCUGCCUCGAUUGUGCCUGUACGAAUCGAUCCACGAUACAUUACGAAUGAAAAUCAUGCUCAAGGGACGAUCUAUAGUACGACUAGCUAAUUAACUUGCAGUCAAGACGCUUCGUUUCGAUGCAAAAUCACGACGUACGUGGUCUGCGCUUGGAGAUACAUAGAAUUAUUAACGAAUCAGUGAUAAAUCGGUGAAAAGUUCAAAGUAGAAGGAAAGACUCACAGAAUUCAUAGAAUAGUCGAAAAGGAAAUUUUCAUUGAAAAAAAAACGAAGAAUCCUGGCGAACAAAUUUGAAGGUUCCGAUUAAGUCCUGGGUUGAAUCCGGUUUAAAAGCGCGCGACUUUCCCAACUUUUCAAAAGAUCCGCGAGAUGCAGCGAACGAAAGACGCAGAUAACAACGUAAAGCCGAGGAAGCCUUGAGGGAUUUGCGGAAGGAGGACGAGAACGAGCUAGUGACUGGCAGGGAAGCGAGAAAGAGAGAAGUAGGAAAGAGAAGAAUCGGAGUCGCGAACAAGAGGCAACGGAGAGGCGAGAAAACACUCGAGGAAUGCCGUGGAUAAAGUGUUUGGGCGGCGGAGGCGGAAAGGCCAGAAGAGGCAAACCACUCAGCGUCAGCCAGCCGAUCCACCUGCUCGUCAAGAGCGAGUUCGAGCCGCAAUGUCACGUGUUCCGGACGAAACAGUUGCGCAAGCCGCGUCCGUGCCAUUUGUGCCAUCAGGCGGUGAUCAAACAGGCGUCGUGCUGCAGAGUUUGCAAAUACAUCUGCCACAAAACCUGCGAGGACAAGGGUGCUAGAUUCCGGGAUACCUCGCAGCAAAUCCAUAAGCAAUGGCAGGCAGAUCCGGCUCGAGCGUUUCCAACGGUUGGCCCCGUCACCGCAGGCUCGGUAUCUCCCACGUCAGGCGAAAUUUCAACCCCGAAUUCGACACCCAGUCCGAGCCCUAGUCCGACUAACAGUCAACAAGUCGCGCAUAAUGGAGGUUACGAGGCACAGCCGAAGAAUGUUAACACCAUUUCGAGAAGCAAACAACACCAGCAGCAAGGCAUACAGACGUCCUUGUCGGCGACGGCACCUGCAAGGACGCCGGGCGUCGGCGCGGACGCGACGACGACAGGAUCAGGAAAGGGUGGAGGUCGUGUUACAGAAGUAAUGGAGCUUUGUUACGUCACCGAAAGAAUCAUUGCGCUCUGGUACAGGGAGGAUGCGCAGGGCGUCCUUGAACAUGCUACCGCACUUCUGCGAGGAAAACACGGUGAUAAUUAUAUGAUAUUCAAUUUGUCAUCGCCGGGUCGUACCGGGGAGCCAAAUACCAGGGAAGCAGGAUGGCCGCAGGGUCUGGCACCUAGUUUGGAAAGACUGUGCGCCCUAUGCAAGGAGCUGGACUCCUGGCUGAACGGUGCUUCGAAUCGCGUGGUCGUUCUCCACGCCAGGGGAAGCAAAGAACGAUUGGGUGUGGCUGUGUCUGCGUACAUGAACUACAGUAGCAUCUGCGGCGGACGUGAUCAGGCGUUGGACAGGUUCGCUAUGAGAAGAUUCCUCGACGACAAAAUUGGAUCUCUGCAGGUUCCCUCGCAUCGAAGGUACAUCAAGUAUUUCAGCGGACUUCUGUCAGGUUCCUUGAGGAUCAGUCAAUCUCCACUUUAUUUAACGCAUCUCACCGUUCUGGGCGUUCCACUCUUCGAGCCUACAGGUUGCCGAGCAUUCCUCAAGGUCUACGAAGGCCUGACACCAGUCUACACCUCGGAUCUCUAUUCCGUUACAAACGCUCGCGAGUUCACCGUAAAUCUCGGAGGUCUUCGUCUUAGGGGAGACAUUCUGGUGAAAUGUUACCACAGGGUGUAUUCGAAGCAGAGCCGGGAAGUGAUGUUCUCCCUGCAGUUCCAUACCUGUGUAAUAACGGAGAACGUGGUGUCGUUCCCUCGAUCGGAACUGGACGUGGCUUGCGACGACCCACGAUGUCCUCCGGACAGCGUGGUGACUUUGUACUUCGCCACCGACGCCAAGCGUCAAGAUGGGCCCAUACCGGCGCCAACGCCAGCAGUACCGCAUGCAUCCGCUCAUAAUGAUCCCAUCCUGCACUGGGACAGCUACACGAAUCUCGAAAUCAGUGACGAUGAAGGACGGGAAACACCAUUAUCACCGCCACCACCUUCGAGUUCCUCAGUUCAGACAUCGCCUCGCGGAUUGGGUUACACCUGCGGUCCCAUAGAUGGAUCUCUGUACGCUGUGGUACACCAGGGUGCUGCCGGUGGUGCCCGUGGCUCACCAUUGACAGUUUCCAUGGACAGCGGCAUCAGCAGUGCUCCACCACAACGACCUAGUCCACCGGAACCAGAGCCGGAUAACCAGGCUCAUGGUGAUCUUGAUAAGCUUCUCCAUGAUAUGAUGCUUACUGUUGAGUCGAUGCCAGAUCCUCCGUCAGAUGAGUAUAGAACAGACAGAAGCGAGAAGAUGUACAUUCAGGAAACCCGCAGCUACAGCAGCCACACAAGCAGUCAUUCCCCAUCGACUUAUUCCACGUUGAAAGAUUCGUACAGGAACUACAGCACCGCGAAAGAAUCCAGUCCGCCAUAUAACUCGAGCAGCAGUUACAGCACUCUGAAGAACGAGUACCGAGAACCAGCAAAAAUUGAACAUCGAAGGGAGGAAUUCGAAUAUCGUAUGUCGCCUGAUCGAAAAAUUACUGAUACCUCCACGGACACGUACAGAAAACACGCGGACUCGUUUUCACCACCUGGAAAUAUCGAUUAUAUCGACGAAGACAUCCCCUAUCACGCGAGACAAACGAGUCAACCAUUCUCGUACGGUGCCACGUCGGACAUGAUUAAACAUCAAAAACUAUCGUCGCCUUCUUUGGUCAGAAAGGCGUCUGUGCGAGGUACGGCGCCUGUGGUGGAUUUCGAAGAUAUCUUAGGAGAGAAUUCGAGGAGACCUCUCAGCCCUUUGAGUCCAAACACGCCAGACCCUCCGCCAGAAUUCGCCAACGGUCCCGCGAAGAGCAGUUCGGAUCACGUGGAUGGAUUAUCAUGGUUGAGGCAGCAGCAAUUGAAACUUGCCGCGAGAAGGGAUGAAAGGAACCCGGGCAAACUUUGGCGUCAGGAAACUGGGAAUCGUGUGAUCGGCGAGCUGAGAAGCUUACAGAGAGGUAGAUUGAGGCACGACGGGUACGCUAGCGAUUCUGCGGUGCUCGAUGACGAUGACGAUACGUGGGUUGUCCACUCUACUUCCGGACAGACGCAAUCAAGACCGGCGCCUUAUACAUCCGCGCCAGCAAGUCCUCUGCUUCCGCAACGAUCCAGCAGCCGGAAGUACAAUGGUACGAUCGGAACCGGUACCCUAGGAAGACCACGAGCAGAGAGCGUGAACGAGCGUCCAUUCAUGUCCGUGAAACGCGCUUACGAAUAUCGCAAAUACGGCGACAGUCAGAGCCCUCCAACAUCCCCUCGCUCAGGCUUAGCAAGCACGCAACCCUUAGGAUUAGCAAUGCAGCAACAAGCAACGUUCAUUAAUACGGACAAGCCUCAGCCACCACGACCAGAGUCUCGUAGCGAUAGUUUUGCUCGCGCUGACGCUCUGUUGCGCGAGCACCGACAGCAACAGCAGCAACUGGCCGCCAGCAACGUUCACACGGACCAGAAACAAUCGGCGAGUCCAGAUUUCGUCUCGACUCUGACUCGAAAUUCUCGGCCAGAGUCGCGAAAUCAAAUCGUGACUUGUCAAAGUAUCAGCAGAACCACGGUGACCAGCAACGACAGGACCACCGACCACGUGGACGCAGGAUUGUUGACCAUGGUCGAUCAGCAAUCGAACACACCGAACAAUCCAGACCCUCUCGUGAGCCUCAUUCAAUCACUGGCUGAAAUUUCGCCCAUUCGCUCACCUCAAUCGAUGACUAACAAGUCAGACAUGAACGAUCAUCACACGAGCAUCAGCGCAGCAACCACGACAACUGCGAGGAGCAACAUUGUUAACCUUGCCAGCACUAAUUGCUCCCCUAACCAGUCGCCCAAAGCAUGGCAGAAUUGCACCCAGUCGCACAAUGACUCUGCUUCAUCGUGGACCGAGAGGAGCGUCAGUCCCGGAAGUACGGUGGUCAACAGCGCGUCGAGGCCGCAGACUCCGGCGUUUCCGGUACAUCCUCGAACCCCGUACGUGAACAAUUCCUCGCCUACGGUUACGUUCGCGGCUGAUCGCUCCUAUAGCACGAACACGAGUUACAACGUGAACAACAACAAUAAUAACGUGCACAACGUGGAGUCAACCGGGAACAAUAAUAACAACAUCGGGAAUUAUGGCAGCGAACGAACGAUCUACAUCGAAGAACGAAGAGAAGUCUCGAAGGAGACGGGACUUCCACCCAAGAGUCCGACAACACAGAGACGCUUGAGUUUCCCGGCAAGCGGGCCACUUAAACAAACGCAUAACAAACGAUGGCCGCUCACUAACCAAUCGGCGUCGUUCGACUAUAGCAAGGACCGAUCUGUUUCUCCGAUAAACGAGCCAACGAUGCAACAACAAUCGCAAGCUGUAUCGCGCAGCCCUGGUACUCCGACUCACAUUGAAUUUGCCCAAAGUCCGAAGAGUGCCACAUCGUACACAUCCAUAAACAGUGGUGGCCAGUCAUCUCCUCAGAUCCAGUAUUACGGUUCAAGACGAUCCAGUGUACAUUCGAACACCGAGCCGCAAGAAGUGGCCGAUGUCAACGUAAAAUUUGUGCGCGACACCAGCAGGAUCUGGUACAAGCCCAACAUAUCUCGAGAGCAAGCAAUCUCAAUGCUAAAGGAUGCAGCGCCAGGAACAUUCGUCGUUCGAGAUAGCAAUUCCUUCCCAGGAGCCUUUGGACUCGCUCUGAAGGUAGCAACUCCGCCUCCAAGUGCACCAAGCAGUCCCAAAGACCCGUCUAGCGAGUUAGUCAGGCACUUUUUGAUCGAGCCUACAUCCAGAGGUGUUAGAUUAAAGGGAUGUGCCAACGAGCCAGUCUUCAGCUCGUUAUCGGCGUUGGUUUAUCAACACAGUUUGAUGGCGAUGGCUCUACCUUGCCAGCUGUUGCUCCCAGAACCGGAAGCUGCAGCCAGAGCUCUCGAUUCACCUGGCACGAAUAGCACACAGCAACUGCUUGCACAGGGUGCAGCCUGUAAUGUUUUAUACCUUUUCACCAUGGACACGGAAUCACUGACGGGUCCUCAGGCCAUCAAAAAGGCAGUCACGACAAUGUUCGAGCAGAAGCCACUGCCUACAGCGACUAUCGUUCAUUUCAAAGUUUCAACGCAGGGAAUAACUUUGACGGAUAACGCGCGAAAGCUUUUCUUUCGUAGGCAUUAUCCCACGAAUAAUAUCAGCUACUGCGGCUUAGACACGGAGGAACGCACUUGGGACUUCGCCAGCGAGGAAACUGGCCGCUCAAUCAGUGCCCAUCGAUGCUUCGGAUUCGUCGCUAGAAAACCGGCGCACAAAUCGGACAACCAAUGCCACGUGUUCGCGGAGCUAGAACCAGAACAACCAGCCACAGCCAUAGUGAAUUUCGUGAACAAGGUCAUGAUGGGCAACUCCAUAGCCAAGGCCAACAUCGUAUAAAUUGUUUUAUUCGUCGCACACGUCCUCCAGAAUGCUUGAAUAACGGUUUCAUCUCCGAAACGCGGACAGAAAGUCGACGAAGACAAGAUAGAAGCGAUUCAUCAUGAAGAAUGAAUACGGAUCGAACAUUAUUUACGAAGAAUAAUAGCAAGACCGUGCUAUUCGAAGGACGUUAGUUGACUAUCGUAAUAGGUCUUCAUGCAUUUCGUGAAGUAGAAUCGAGUCAGUAGAGCAUGAACGUUCUAAGCAAAAAUACAGUAGAAGUUAACGAUAGAGAUUGAAUCGUUAUUGUUCUAAAUGAAGAAGUAUCCAAGUGAAAUGGUAAACUCGGUUCCAUCCUCGUGUCAGUGAUCACGCUAUUCAGAAGAGAAUGUUAUUAACGACGAUCGUUAUUGCUGGUUAUUAUAUUAGAGAAUAGUAAAGUAAUAUAAACUAUAUCGGAGCAAAGUACGAUGGCGCGAUUGCAACUUCUCGUUGUGUUACAUUCUAGAAAAGAAACACGAAGAUUUAACUUAAGAAUAAUUGUAACGAUUAUUCGUCUAUGAUUAACCGUUUUGUACCAGUUUUUUACGUCUAUAAUCGAGAAUCGUUCCUGCAUUAAUUAACGUAAACCAUCAUCAAGAGCAACGCAUGCUACACAGAAUUUUCGUUUUCUAUUAAUCGUAUUCGUUGUGAAGGGACGAAGUUACAGAAUAACGACGUUAUACUUUGCUUCCAGCGCGAAACUAUUACACGAACGAUAUGCAAGCGAACGUACCGAUAGCUGGUAGGUAUAGUUGAUUACGAGUAAUCGAGCGUGCUCUAUGCGCGAAUCUCGAAGAUCGUCGCGCAUUCGAAGCGCAGACUCGCGAGUACGUGUCUCGAUCGUAAAAAAUAUCACACGCAGAAAUAGUUACACGUAUAUAUGUACACUGUUACGAAAAAAUGCAAGAAAACUCAAGAAAAUAGUUGAAUAUCUAUAUACGUUAUUAAUCACGUUAUACUUGGGACUCUCGAGUAAUGUUUAUCGAAGAAAAUGUUACGUCGUUGCGGAGCCGUGCCUGUGUAUCGUAGCCCGCGAUGUUCCAAAAGAAAGCAGCGGUUUAACGUUACGAAUAAAACGUUCUAUAAAUAACUGUAAAUAAGUCGAACAGAAAAUAUGAACAGGUAUCGAGAAGAGAAUCGAUGCUUGUUCGUCGGAUGAAGAGAUGAGAAGUUAAGGGAUAAAGUAAUGGGGCGAACGGAAGAAAAAGGAGAGAUCGAUCCUCCAACAGCGUCAACGUGACGGAACAAAAAUAUAAACGAUACUCGAUGAGGAGUAGCGUAUCGAAACGAAACAUCACAUUUUGUUUAAUGACUCCCCGUAGGUUCUUGCCAUUUAUUCGUCCUCGCGAGCGACGUCCUUCGUUCGUGAAAGAAGAAUUCGAGAAUCGACGAAGGAAGAUCCAAUUGGCGGGGACGACGAUAAGCAGUCAAUUAUUACGAAAGAAAUGUUAUAUGUAAUUACGACAAUACCGUGCCACGAGGGGAUUUACGAUAAAAAAGAGGGAAAAAAAGAAACUGUUUAUCGUAUCCUCGACGUCGCGAUAAUUUUCUUUCUUUUCUCUUCGUCUACUUUUUACACUGUUUUAAUGCAAUCGAGAAGAUCGGUCGGACGGGCUCUUAUUAAGCUUCCUCUGCUUUAUCCAGAUGACUCUUCCAGUUAUCGAACCAAUGAUAUUGGAGAAGAAAUGGAGAGUGAGGAGUUUUUGUCAGAAACUGUGUGCUAGUCAAAAUUCGAUGUGUAUACUCGAACGUACAGAGAAUUCGAUAUAUAGAUCUCGAUCUGUAAAAGACGAGAAUAAUACAAACCACCCGAUCUUUCUUCUCGAUCCUCCUCUCUAUUUUAAUUCUUCGUAGUCGUUGUUCGUGGCCGCGUUUCUGGCCGCGAGCCACGAUCGUUGUCUCGUCUUUAUAUGUUUCAAUUUUCGUACACGUGGAAAGCUAACUAACCGAGUAACAUUAAUUUAACACCAGUCAUUAUUAUAAUAAUUAUUAAUUAUUAUUACUUAUUUACGCUCUAUUAUUACGUAGGUUCACGCAAUAAUUGUAUUGCUGCAUACCAGAACGGUAUGCUGUUAUAGUUGUAACGAUAAUAAACCAUAUUCGCAGCGUA